AUGGACUCCAGAACUGUGCUAUUAUUUUGUUUGGCGAUGUUCCUUGCAAUUCUUGCGUCUACCGCUGCGGGUCGUACCAAAAAGGUGGUGAUCCACGUCCCAUACAAGGUGAAGAAGGUGCGGCAUACCCACACGGUCUACAAGACAGUGCACCAUCACCACAAGCACCACGAUUUCCACGAUUUUCUGGAGCAUCCCGGCGAGGAGCACGAACAUUUCCACCACAUGCUCCGCGAUGAACAGGCGCAUUCGCAGCCUGUGCCUUCUAUCAGCAUACCGAACUUCCUGCCUGAUGUACCCAUGGAUGUCGAUUCUGAAGACGAGUACCCUAUAAUUCCCACGAGGCAUAUGUUUUUUAGGCAUGAGUAG